AAACCCAAUUUGCAUCAAUACAGAAAAGCUCGACCUUUUAAAGAUUAUUCAAAAUUAAUUAAUAAGGUGUCAGAUUCAGAUAGCGAUACAUAUUAUUCAACAAAAUCUUCAUUAGAUACUAUAGAAAAUGAGCUAUCUAUAUUCGUGAAUCAAACUUCUCACCCAGCAGGCCAAAAUGGAAACCUCAACACUCUCAUACCCGAUAAUUCCCUAUCCCCUCCCAUCAACCCCCUGAAAAUUUCCAAUUUUUUCCCUGAUUACAAUUACACGAAUCAUUCACUGAACCAUCAUAUUAAUCAAACCGAUUUCAUCGAAAAAAUUGAUUUACCAAAGCUGAAAGACAACAUACUUACCAGCGCGAAAGAAAACAACAUUACCUACGGUAAAGUUAUCACCGAUUCGGUCGACAAUAUAAUUGAUUUCGUUGAAAAAACAAAUAACCAGAUCGGCCACAUGGUGGGUAACAACCCCGUAAAGUCGCCGAAAAAGUUUGUCAUGUCUCUCACGGCCAAUUCUAGCCCAGGAGUAACCCACAAUGUAGCAUUGUCGAAACGUUUUGUUACUCACAGGGUAGCCUCAGUACCGAUGGUUUCGGAUAUCUCUACCCUAACGCGCACCAAAUAUAUAAAAGCUAAGACCCGUUACCCCAUCUUGAUUGGGCUGCCUUUUAAUGCCACCGAGAACGUCAUCAAAAUCUUUCUCAAAUCGUUCGUCAAACCAAUCUUUAAGAAGAUAUUCUUAGACUCUACUGGAGAAAAAUUUGACAAAAAUGGUUUUUUGGGAAGUUCGGCUGAUUACCUAAACUCCUUCGCAAUGUCGAAGAUGAAUUUGCUCGAAAAAGAAAUCCCGCUUCUCUUUGAGCCCUCUGAUAAGGUACUGGAAGGUCUCAGGCCCAUAUACACCAUAACAAUAAAACCAUUCGUCCUUUUGACCAUGUUUGCAAUCAAUGUGAUAUUAAGCAUAAUGAACGGUACCUUCAGUACCGCGAAUAAAGGUAAAGAAAAAGCCAAGGCCCAACUCGGGGAAGCUUUUGACACCUAUUUAGACGGCCUAGACUACUUUUUCUUCAAUACCCCUCCUGGGAGGUAUUUUGUCAAGAUACUUUACCUUUUUUCCAACACUUACCUGCCAACAUCUCCCAAACAAUCAUCGACUCCAACCUCUGGGAUAUCCAACAAAAUUCAUGUCAAUGAGAACGCCGUUAUAAACAAUUUUUUUGAUACAGUGAAGCCCGACAAGCUGGAAGAAAAGGGGCAAGAAAAAUUGGACAUCAAAUUGGGAAACAAAAAAAGAGUGUUAAGACCGUACCCCAUUAAUCCUGCUGCCCCAAAUAUUAGUAGCGAGUCGGAAUCCGUUUUAAAAAAGAUUAUGAAUGCUUCUGCAUCUUUCAACGAACGCAAAAAGAGUCCUAGGGCAAAACUUGAAAAUUUGGUGCUAGAGGUCGAUUCGGUUCAACCUAAACCGAUUGAUAGUGUCCUCUACUUGAUUCUGACCCUCAAGAAUAGGCUUAAUUUCGUAUUCGUCAAAGCCCUUAGAUUAGUGGAUAAAAAGACGGGGUUAAUUUCUUUUUCGAAGCUCUUUAACAAGAAUUGGGAAGUUUUCAAGACCGAUUUAAGGGCAAAAAUCUCUAGGUCUCCCCAGGACGUGGAGGAUUAUUUUUGGAAUCUCACAAAGUUUUCUUCCGAGAUUAAGUUUCCUGGAUUUUCCUACUUUUUAUUGUCGAUUCAUUCCCGCACUUACCUAGCCUGCGAAAGACUAUUUAGCCGCUAUAUCCUGUUUCUGGGUUAUUUGGCCUUAGCUAUCCUGCCUACUACUUGGAGUGCAUCCUUCAUACUUUUGCAAGAGAGGGCCUUAAUACUGAGACAACAAGUGUCCGAUAAACGGGGUGGGUUUUUUGUCAAGCUAGAAACUGCUACUAAAGGACUUAUGAGACUCCUGUUGCUAACUUUUACAGCCCCGAUUCCCGAACAAAACGGGUCUAAUAAUACCGGAAAUGCCGCAAGAUUCAGAGCUAUCACUGGGCUGGGAACUGAAAGCCUUGCGGACAAAGUGGCCUAAAGGAAAUGAAUAUCUUAUCACUUUUACGUUGUUUUUUUUUCGUUAAGCAACGACUUUUAUUUUGAAAAUAAUUUUUUAUCUUAUUCUUUUCUUCUUCCCCCUCCCUCCACUCAUCUUUAUCAUUGUAUUGAAAAUAAUACUUUCUUUGGUAAUAUUACUAAAUAACUAUCAAUUUAUAAAACGAUUAAGAGGAAUAAGAUUCGAAAAUAACGCAAUAUUAGUAUUUUAAACUAUUUUUUUUGAAACUAUAUAAUUAAUUAUUUAUAGUUUUAAUUGAUUACAUUUACAAAUUUUAAUUCGUUUAAAAAAUAUUAUUAAAUUUUAUUGCUCACUUUUUGUUGUAUAUUAUAACUACGUCUACAGGAACUGAUCUUUUUUUUAUAUUUAGAUUUUUCAAAACAAUUAAAAAAAUAAUUUAUAUGACACAAUAGCCCACUUUUGGAUUUAGAAGUUAUGUAACCUUUUUUCGAAAUUUUUUUAUUUCUAAUAAUGUAAUAUGUUGCAAAUGUUUGAUUGUAAUUUCUUAUUAUACAUUUUUUUAAAGCCUAUUUUUUGUCAUUAUAUUUAAACAUUUAAUUAACGGUCUUGAAAUUGAGCAAUGAUUUUUAUAACUAAUGAUUUAGAUUAUAAGGGAUUUUAUCUGUUUGAAUUCAAGAAGUAAAUGGUUCAGAUCUUGUAGGGAUUUUUGGAAUUCUAUGGUUAUGUGAUUAAUAUUAAUUUGUCAAUCUCCUUUGUAUUUCUGAUUUUAUAAAUAUAGUUUUAUUGACUAAAAUAUAAAGCUUACAUGAAUCAUGAAUUUUGAAAAUUUAAUUAAAAUUUAAGGUUGUACUUGUAAAUCAUCGACAGAUAUUAGAUCUGCUUAGAAUUCAAUCGUGAACUAUAUUUUAAAACUUACUUUUGCUCUACAAUAAAUUGUAAUCUUUUAAACAUUAUAUUUCUAACUAAUUUUUUUGAUAGUAUUAACAUUAUAAAAUAUAUUUUCACAAUUUAAUAUGUAUAAAUUAUAUUUAUUUUUAUACCAACAUUAUAUUAUAACCUAUGCAUUAUCCUAUAAUUUUGAUAGUAGAUUUUAUUUGAAAGUAAUAUAAGUUUUUAUAGAAUUAAUAUUCAUUUAUAUAAUGUACGAUAAAACUUUAUCCUAAAAAAAAUUCAGUUAUAUUAUAAAAAUGACAUAUCAUUUUUGGUUUUAUUAAUAUCUCAAUACAUUUAUAUAUAUCAUAUAUAUAUGUCAUACAAUCAUUUUUAAUUGAUUUUCAUAGAAAAUUAAAAUUAUUAAAUAAAACUAUUAAUAAAAUAAA